AUGCAUGGGCGGGAUUCAAGAAGGACCAAGUUGAACAUGCGAAAUAGGGGCGAAAGGUCCCCAUCAAACCUCCACGCUCCUGAUGGCGAUCACCCGUGGCUGUGCCUGAGGGUUAUCUUACCUUUCAAUAUCUUAGGUGACGAAACAAAACUUGCGUUUCCGAGUCAACCUGGGGGACUGCCGAAACUAUGGAAUACAAGGAAUAUCUCUGCGAGUGAUUCCUAUUGGCAACAAUACUAUAUCCUAUUCGACUCAGCAUCCGACGUGUUCUCUUUAAUCACCCCUCACCAAAUCCGCCGUGCUCUCCUCGAAGCUCCAGAGAAUGUAGCGACGCUCAUUAAAGUUCUCUGUCUCCGCCUCUUCGAGCUGCAAACAGACCACACCUUCCCUACACCUCCACCCACCUCUGCCUCCGCAACCGUCGCCGCCUUCACCUCCAUCAUCAAGUCCUCUUCAUCAGAUCGUAACCCCACUAAGGAGGCCUUGAACUGCAUUCGAAUCCUCCAGCGCGUUCUACCGGUCAUCUUUGACGUCCAAGGGGAGUCCAGUGCUUUCGAACGGGAGGUACUGUGGAAGAGUGAGGAAGUAGACGAUGUUCCCCCUCCGGUUAGCUCGGACCCUCAAUUUGUUAUCGAGGACGAGGAUGAAAGUGACGAUGAAAGUGAAUCAGGAGAACCAAAGGCUCUCAAGACACCUACGACCCCGCGCAAGAAACGUCUCCCGUCCCUCGGCGAGCGCUUACUGAACGCCUUGAUUGACCUGAUGUAUACUUGCAACUUGACGCUUUCCCCGCGCGUUCAGCAGGAUCAUCAUAAAGUGCAGUAUAUUAUCUGGGAACGCGGAAUAGGCUCAACGUCCGACCUCGCGUCCUCCCCGCACUACGAUUCACACAAGACCGAAGUCCUACGCCUACUCCUCGUUCUCUUCUCCCGCCAAAUCUACCUCCCACCUUCGCUCGUAUUGUCCACUCCCUCUCUAUACACUUCCCACUUUGUACAAAUCAUCCCCCGUCGAGACGUCCUCACGAUCCUCUGUUCGCUCCUCAACACCGCCAUGAAUUCGGGUAACCCCCAUGAAGGCGCAACUGGCAUUGCCAGUCUGGGCGCAAUGGCCGGGAAACUGCCGUACAACCAUUUGGUCUUUAAAGGCGAGGACCCGAGGGUGGUGUUGACUGGGAUGUGUUUGCAGGUUCUCUGUGUGCUACUGGAUUACCAGAGUGGGACUGCGAGGGAUAUGGUGUUGGGUGAAGGGAGGGAGCCUGUUCCGACCGCCAAGACGAAUGCAUUUAGAUAUUUCUUGAUGAAAUUGCAUCGGACGCAGGACUUUGAUUUCGUAUUGACGGGCAUCAAUGGCAUACUUUUGCAGGUGAUGAAUUCGAUGAACAAGUUGCUGCCUGGUGCCAGGAAACCUGUGCCCUACAUUCCGGAAACGAUCAUCCUGCUGUGGAAGUUCAUAGAGUUGAAUAAAAAAUUCCGCGACUACCUCCUUGAAUCGGACAAAUCCACGGAUUUGAUCUGUUCCCUCCUGAUCUACUGCAUAGAAAUCAAGGACAAACCUCAGCAACACGGUCUCUGCCGUGCAAUCUCAUACAUCCUCCAAACAUUGUCCGCUGAACCGGGAUGGGGAUCUAAGCUCUCUGCAAUGGUGCAUCAAAAGAGCAACAUCCCCACAAACUGGAUGGGUGUCUCGACUUUCGGCGAUUUCUUGGUUCAUGCAAUCCACGCGAUAACCUCUACGCCGCCCUCCCCACCCAACGCAGCACCAGCUAAUGCCCCUUCGCCGCUUGCCCUCUUCCCGGCGCUCAUCAUCACGCUUGCCAAUUCCGCGGUCUCGUUCAAGAAGCUUAGCUCGACGUCUUCGCAGAAGAUGUUGCAGCUGUUUAAUGCCUUUGCGAACCCGGCGUUUUUACUUGCAGAUGAAGGGCAUCCGAGGUUGCUGUUCUUCAUGCUCGAAGCUUUUAACAGCGUAAUCCUCCACCCUAACUCGCUCUCCACCAACCCGACGUUGAUCUAUGAGAUCCUCAACUCGCACAAGACCUUCAAAUCGCUUGGGACAUUUACGCUGCUAAGCGGGCUACGCGAAAUCCGACAACGCGAGAUUGCAAAGGAGGAGAUGGCGAAGCGUGCUGCCGCUGCCAACAGCAACCCUGCUUCCCGUACCUCGUUGUCGUCGGAGGGGGAUGAAAAGAGGGGUGGCAAAGGGAAAGCCAAGGCGGAGAUGAACGAGCCUGCUGAUCCUGUCGGCGAGAAAGCGAUGCUUUUGCAGAAUGAGAGCUGGAAUGCUGGUGCGAGGCUUGAAGAGGCUUCGAGUAGCCCGAGGAUUGCUUCUCCGCCUCCCCCUUCCAAUAUUCCUAGUUCGAGGUCAUCGGAGGAUAAUAUCUAUGAUCCCGCUUCGUCCCCUCUUUCGGAGAAGGCGCGUGGAAAGUUGAGGAUGAGGGAGGAGAGGAGUGUUGGUGGUGUUGAUUCUUCGCUUGAUUUGGGAAGGAUGGGCCUGGGUGUGGUGGAUGUUGAUGUGAACCAGAUGGUGCUCAGGGUUGGGAGGAAUGGGUUUGUCCCGACACAAGAUUGGGUUACUAGUUGGCAGCAAGGUCUCCCACUUGACCCAGCUCUCCUCUUGAUCUCCGAGCUGUUACCCAAGAUCCAGAACAUUCAAGCAACGCAUAAAGGAAAUGCGAAUAGUUUGAACUUUAUUUAUGAUUUUAUUGCGCAUGCUUCGUUGAGGGAGGUUCUACCGCCUCCUCCGCCCGCUGGGAGCGGAAUUCGGAGGUUUAACUUCACGGACACGGCACAAAUCUGGCUCACCUCACUUUUGUGGGGUGAGAUAUAUGUCCGAGGGAUGGCUCCUCCGUUGAGUAUCUGGAAUAACACCAAUGUGCGGUUGUUCUACGUCAAACAUUCUGCGCAGAACUCGCAUGGUGGUCUGCCAGUAAUCGGAAACAUAGGCCAGCUCAGCACUGGUGUGGAAGCUGCGAGGAAUGUAGUUGGUGGACUUUUGGGUAGGACGAGCAGGAGCGUUAGUGGCGGGCAGCAGUGA